UGUUUCAUUGUACAACAUUUACACAACAAACUGUCUUUGGAGAAGUAACUCAAAACAGUAACUCACUGCUAAGAAAUAGCGUUCAAACCUGUAGACGAGUGCACCGGUGAAUUAAAUUCACUACCGGAAAAUAAAUGCACAGCAAAAAUAUGCAGGAAUUUAUAGAAUUCCUGAAGGAAAUUCUAAAGGAACCCCUAGAGAAACUCCAGGAGUAAUUUCCGGAAGAUUUUCCGAAGGAAUUUUUACAAAAAAAAUUAGGGAUAUAUGAAUUUCCAAAGAAGUUCCUUUGAAUUUUUGGAAGAAUUUCCCAUGCAUUUUCCGAAUGAAUCCCUUGAGGAAUUUAUUGAGGAAUUCUUACAGAAAUUUCAUGACAAAUUACUUGAAAAAUUUUAGGAAUUUGCAGGAGUUUCUGUGGGAAAUUCCAGAGAGCAAUUUUUGGAGGAGCUUCCUGAGUUAAUUUCUAAAAAAAAAUCUAGAGAAACCCCACCAAAAUAUCUGUAAGAAUUUGUAGAGAAAUUCCUGAAAGAGAUUCCAGAGAAACUCGUGCAAGGAAUUUCCAGAGAAUUUUUAAUGGAGCUCAUAAGGGUAUUUUCAAAAGAAUUUCUGUUAGAAUUUGCAGGACGAAUUUGUAGAAUUUUUAGAGGAAUUUCCCAAGGAAUGCACUGAAGAAUUUCUAAAGAAUGCCUGGAAGAGUUAGAUGAUUUCCAGAAAUGUUUCUAUAGGAAUGAGACUCAAAAGUUUUCUUGGAAAAAAUGUCAUAGGAACUUACGGAUUUUCAGAGGAAUUCUCAGUGGAAAUUCUAAUGGAAUUUCCACAACAAAUUCGUGGGGGAAUGCAUGGAGUAUUAUCUAGAACAGGAUAUAGAGAAAUUAACAGAUAAAUUUACGAAUGAUUUUUUUGGAAAAAAUGAAAGAAUUCUCAGAGCAACUCCUUUCCAAUGUUUCAGCACAUCUCCCGAAAGAAUUUCUUGAAGAUUUUUUGAAGCAACUUGUAAUGUCUAGUUGAGAACCUCUGCAUUGAGUUCGGUGAAAUGAGAGUUUAUCUCUUUCGGAGAUUUGAGCUAAAGAUAUGUACAAGUUUCAGUGUAUAAAUUGUAUCGCAAUCGAGGAAAUAGAUCAGAAGUAUUUUGAACAUCAACUGAUGAACUGGUGUUUUAUAGUUCUUUAUAAGUUGGAAGAAUCCCGCGUAUCGGUAUAGUUCAGUGACGUACGAGGAUAAAAGUGAUAUUAGUAGUUUUGUUCAUCACCAUUUCACUUUGUCGCGACCGCGGUUACAAAUUGCCAUUUGGCGAGAUUUUUUCGGCGUAAGUGGUGUUAAACAAUUGUGAAACCUUUAGCAAGCGUGCAAAGCAGUGAAUUUGUUCCUUUUAUGUAACAAUAGGUGUCGUUUAGUACAGUGUCGGAACGGAUUUUCAAAAGAAAAUCUUUUUUCCGAUUUUGAUUGUUACCGUGAAGGUGCUUUCUAUACCCUGCGGAGAAAAAGAAAAGUGAAACAAAUUAGUUGCUUCAAACGCCAUAUGCAAAUUCGCAUUUCAAAAGAGUUUGCAUUUGGUUUGUGCUUUGUUCAGCAUUUUCUUUUGUUAACCAACGCAAGCACCGUUCAGUGUGGCCAUUUUUUUGACGACAUCACAGUCAACUGUGGUUAAAGGCGGUAAAAUAGAAGAUACCGUUUUGGCUUUGUGUUGGUGGCAGCCGAAAAUCUGACAUUCUUGUGCUGUCGCACGAUAAAAAAAUAGGAAGAAGAUAUUAAGUGAUUUGUUUUUGUCAGCUUGAGUUGAGCCGCCGCCUUGCCGUUACGUAAAUAGUGGUAGAAGAAAAGUGUUGACUGUUUGGGUCAUUGCCCUCGAAGCAAAACAAGGAGCUUGGCGGAGUGCUUGAAUUUACUGCUGCUGCUGCUGCUGGCGACCUGGGUAGUGAAGAAAACCCUGGAGGCGAGGAUUUCUGAAGUGUUGCUGCUGUUGUGACGGUGUCCGUUGCUGUUGUUGUUGCUGCCGGUUGGAUAUUGUGCUGUUUGGCCGUAAUUUUGGACUAGCGACCGGAUUGAAGAGCGAUUUUUGUUUCACCGCUGUGAUCAACAAGUGAAAAUGGCGAUGGCCACCACCACAGAAACUUUUGUUCCGAGUACAAUACCGUUUUCACAAUACCUGGAACAACUAGAAUGGCAGUUUCUACACAAUAAUUACAAUGCUGAUCGUUAUAAAACUUCUUUUCUGGCUGUUUGUGGGACUGAGGUGUUUACUCAGCUCAAACUUCUGUUCCAUCGGAGCGAUUUCAAGGACUUAUCUUACAAGCAAUUAACUGAUGCGCUGAAAAAGCGCUUUGAUAAAAAGGAUUCUGAUGUGAUCCAUACCUACAAAUUUUGGACGCGUAGGCAAGCUCAGAGCGAGAAAUCUGAGGAUUUUGUGCUUUCGGUAAAACAGCUUGCUGAACGUUGUGAUUUUGGUGCCUUUAAGGAGCGAGCCAUUCGUGACGCUCUGGUAAUUGGUGUGUAUGAUCGUCAGCUACAAAGGAAACUUUUUGAUGAGGAAGAAUUGACAUCGGAAAGAGCAGAGAAGCUGAUCGUAAAUCAAGAGUUAUUUUCUGUCAGGACAAGGAUUAUAGAUCGUGAUGAUGAGCGAAAAAACAGCGUGAUUGCCAGAUUGGGUCGAAGGGAAGUGCGUUCACCGGUUAGGACGAGUUUCAGAAAUAGAAGUAGGAGUAGGAAUUGGGAUCACAAUCGGUCAUUUUCUCCUAGAAGCAAGAGUCGUGAUAGAAGUUCCAGUAAAGUUUUUGUUUGCUCCUAUUGCAAUAAAAAAGGGCAUACAAAAAAUUUUUGUUAUAGACUAAAAAGGAAAAGCAUUCGAAAAAACUACCACGAUGUAAAAUUCAUUGACUCACAAAAGCCUGCAAUUGUUGCGCACACAUCUGGCCUUUUCAAAAGAUUAAAGGACGAAAUGAGUGCGGAUUCGGAAGAUGAAGAAUCAUCGUGCAUGAUGAUUUCCUCAAAACAUAGGGUCAAUGAGCCAUGUUAUGCUGAUGUGGUAGUUGAGAAGCAUAGAAUUUCAAUGGAGGUAGAUUGCGGUUCCGCGGAGAGCGUUAUAUCAGAGGAUUUCUAUCAGCGACAUUUUAGAAGAUGCCCGAUUGAAUCAUGCAGGAAAAGGUUGUUCGUUAUAGACGGAAACAAGUUAGAUGUUCUAGGCAAAAUAAAGGUAGUAGCGGAGCUGAAUGGCAUGACGAUGGAGUUGUUCUUGGUGGUGUUGCGAUGCGGAAAGGAUUUCAUCCCACUCAUGGGCCGAACAUGGUUGGAUCAUUUCUAUAACGGUUGGAGGAGCACAUUUACUGGUUCAUCGGUACACAGACAACACGUGAAUGCCUUAUCGGAGGAAGCAACGAUGGAAGAGAUAAAGCAUAUCGCUUGGUGGUCGUGUCCUUUCGGCGCACAGGCGUCAAGUUAAAGUGCCGGUAAGCACUCGUGGAAAAUGUAGUACCCGAUUGGUUUUCCACGAGAACACUCCGGAUGCCUCAGUACAGGCUUUUGACAGCAACAACAACAGUAGUCCAGAAGGCCAAGAACAAGCGAAGGAUGCAGCAGAUUUGGAGUACCUCGGUUUUGCAGCCGACUCCUUUUUGUUUGGAGAAGAUUUGGCUCCAGCAACGAGUUCGAAGGGGGAACAAGCGCUCCACAAAAGGAAAAGAGAAGAGGACAACGGAGAAACGGAUUCGGACUCCGACUUUUACGGAUACGCAGCGGAUUCAUUGAUUUUCGAACAAUUUCCUGCAUUCGAAGAUGCUUUUCGUGAAAGUUCUUCAACUUCAGUGAAACCAGUCAGGAGUACCAAGAGAAAAAUUAAGAAACGAAGAAAAGUGGAUUAUUUAUAUUAUUAGCUUUAACACUAUGAACUUCAAGCAUGUAAAAGUAUAAUAAAAAAAGAGAACUAAUGCAGACGGGCAUAGAUAGCGUUGCUGUCAGAUUUUAUCCAUGUAUUUAAACUGUUAGGUUUUAUCUUUUUUCAAAGGGUGAAGAAGUUGUAAUGUCUAGUUGAGAACCUCUGCAUUGAGUUCGGUGAAAUGAGAGUUUAUCUCUUUCGGAGAUUUGAGCUAAAGAUAUGUACAAGUUUCAGUGUAUAAAUUGUAUCGCAAUCGAGGAAAUAGAUCAGAAGUAUUUUGAACAUCAACUGAUGAACUGGUGUUUUAUAGUUCUUUAUAAGUUGGAAGAAUCCCGCGUAUCGGUAUAGUUCACAACUCACUCAGACAUUUUAAAAUAAAUUCCUGGCAAAAUUUCCAGAGGAAUCUUCAGAGCAUUUUCAGAGGAUCCUCUAAAUUCGAAUUCCUGGAUAAAUGUUAUAAGAAUUACUGGAAAAUUUCCAAACAAAUUCCUGGGAAAAUUUAGAGAGGAAUUCGUGGAGGAAAAAUCAAAGGAGUUCCUGAAGGAAUUACCACAGGAAUUUGUAAAAGAAUACUACUUAUUCACUACUUUGAACGACUAUUUCUAUGCCAAAAAAGCGUUUCCAAAAAAGUGCUUGAACAAAAAUUAUUGCAAAAUUGCUAAAAUUGUUUGAAAUCUUUUUUGUUGUAAAUCAAUAGGUUUUUGAUUUUUAUCAAUAGGUCCACUAUUGAAACAAGUAGAUAGUAGUUGAGGUACUAAUUUUAGAAGUAUUGUAUCAUAUCCAUCUAACUCUCACCUGAUUUCGUUUGUCUCGAGUUUGUCGAAAAUCGAUGGGUGCUCUAGAGCAACCAUGGGAAGCAGAGGGUAAGGCAUUUUCAAAAUAAUUCUUGGUAGAUUUUCCAGAUGAAUGUUUGAAGGAAACUUCAGAGAGACCCCUGAAGCACUAUAAAAAAAAAAAAAAAAAAACAUGAAAGAAUUUUGAGAUGAAUUUUUAGAGAAAUUUCCAGAUGAAUUCCUGAAACAAAUUGUAGGAGUUUGCAGAGGAAAUUCGAGAGGAAGUUAUUCUCAGAGCAGUUUUUGGAGGUGUGUGCUGAGGAAUUGAGGAAAUUGUAGAAUAAAAUCUAAAGAAACUCUUCCA